AGCCUUGCCAGCACUACUUCCUAAAUUCAACUCUCCUACACUCUAUUAUUCCAUUUUCCUCUCAUUUUUGUCCUCCUUAUUUCUUGAAAAUAGCGGAGAGUCCCCUUUUUUUAAAUUUUUUUAAUAUACACAGUGCCCUUUAAUUUGCCCAGAGACCAGGAUCUUCAUAUCACACUGUCGUCUUCUUUCUUCACUUCCUUUUUCAAUUCUAAGGUUUAACUCGAGCUCUUGAGGAGUCAGUGAGCAAGUCAUUCCCUACUAACACCAAAAUUUUUAGAAGAUGAGUGCUUCCAAGUUCAUUAAAUGCGUCACAGUUGGAGAUGGAGCUGUCGGCAAGACCUGCAUGCUCAUCUGCUACACCAGCAACAAGUUCCCCACUGACUAUAUACCCACAGUUUUUGAUAAUUUUAGUGCCAAUGUGGCCGUGGAUGGGAACAUUGUCAAUUUAGGACUCUGGGACACAGCAGGUCAGGAAGAUUACAGCAGGUUAAGACCACUGAGCUAUAGAGGUGCAGACAUUUUUGUGUUGGCAUUCUCAUUGAUUAGCAGAGCCAGCUACGAAAAUGUUCUUAAGAAGUGGAUGCCAGAACUGAGAAGAUUUGCACCUAAUGUCCCAAUUGUUCUUGUUGGCACAAAGUUAGAUCUUCGUGAAGACAGGGGGUUUUUGGCUGAUCACAUAGGAUCUAACGUUAUAACAUCUAACGAGGGGGAAGAACUGAGGAAACAAAUAGGGGCAGCAGCUUAUAUCGAGUGCAGUUCAAAGACUCAACAGAAUGUCAAAGCAGUGUUUGAUACUGCAAUUAAGGUUGUUCUCCAACCUCCAAGAAGGCAGGAAAUGGAAAGGAAGAAAAGGCAAAGAAAAUCUGUUUGCUCAUUUGCAAGUAUUGUGUGUGGAAGCUGCACAGCUUAUUAAUACACAUCACUGCAAACCUACUUUUGAUUUGCAAAAGCCAUCAAGGUUUCCUGACAUUUGAUUACAUAUGUAUCCAUUUUGUCUGUCUUGUAGCUUCUGUAAGAUGAUAGUAUAUCAGGAGGUCAAUUCGCUUCAGACUUAUUGGUGGAGGGAAUUAUUCAUUCUCUCGUUUGUUAUUACUCAGCAUUAUAUGUCACAAACACAUUUAACAAAGAAAGCCUUUAUUUGUUUAACUAUACUCGGGAAAGUUUUCCAGAGAAGUGAUAAGCGAUGGCUCGCUUUCCACUCUCAUGAAUCAGUAAAGAUCUAUAGGAAUUUCACCUUUUUACUGA